GUUUCUGUUGAUCACCUGAUCAAUUUCAUUAACACGCUAACUUACGAAAAAAGGCGCACGCCAAACGCACAAUAUUCCCUGCUCAUUCCAUUGCACAAAUACACAGUACAUCAUAGAAAGUGGAUAUAUAAACUCUUCUUACCACAAUAUCUCCCUCAAUUUGGUUCCUCCCUCCUAUGCUUCCUUUUUCUUUGCAUAAAUACUUCACAUAACAUAAUUUCUCCAAUUAAAAGAGAAGCUUAAGUUCAUUGGAGUGUUUUAAGACGACUACAACCUAAUUACCGCAUUAGAAAGCUAAUAUCAGGCCGGAAAAUGCGUGUUUGCUGAUGAUAUUGAGGCGACCGGUGAUGGAUAUUGAAGGAUGGGGCCGAAACAAUAAUCCCGUCAAGAAAGAGUCGUGGAGGACGGCGUUGGCUCUGGCCUAUCAGAGCCUCGGGGUGGUGUACGGCGAUCUGAGCACCUCCCCGCUGUACGUCUACAAGAGCACGUUCGCGGAGGACAUUCAUCACUCCGAGAGCAACGACGAGAUAUUCGGGGUCCUAUCUUUUGUGUUCUGGACCUUGACUCUAAUCCCCCUUCUCAAGUAUGUAUUCAUCGUGCUCAGGGCGGACGAUAACGGGGAAGGCGGGACUUUCGCGCUCUACUCGCUGCUGUGCCGCCACGCGCGGGUCAGUACGCUGCCCAACGGUCAGGUGGCGGAUGAGGAGCUGUUCGAGUACCAGAGGGAUGAGAUUGGUCAGAAUGAGGGCGGCGGCGGCGGCAGCGGCAGGGGAAAGGGUGGCCGGGCCGGGCUGAGUUUGAGAUCCACGCUGGAGAAACACCAUUGGUUGAGGAAGGUGCUGCUUGUCUUAGCGCUGAUCGGCGCGUGUAUGGUCAUUGGUGAUGGGGUCCUUACCCCUGCUAUUUCAGUGUUCUCAGCCGUGUCUGGAUUGGAGCUGUCCAUGUCAAAACAUCAUCAUGAAUAUGUAGAAGUUCCCAUAGCAUGCGGCAUACUGGUAGUGAUAUUUUCCAUACAGCAUUAUGGGACCCACCGUAUAGGAUUCCUGUUUGCACCAAUAGUGGUUACAUGGCUUUUAUGCAUCAGUGUAAUUGGAAUGUACAACAUCUUCAAGUGGAACCCCCAUGUUUACCAAGCACUUUCCCCAUACUACAUGUACAAAUUCUUGAAGAAGACCCAGCGUGGUGGUUGGAUGUCUUUGGGUGGCAUCUUGUUGUGCAUUACAGGUUCAGAGGCCAUGUUUGCUGAUCUUGGACACUUUUCUCAGUUAUCUAUUAAGAUAGCUUUCACAUUUGCAGUUUACCCAUCACUUAUUCUUGCUUACAUGGGGCAAGCGGCUUACCUUUCGAAACACCACACCCUUGAAACAGACUACCGGAUUGGAUUCUAUGUAUCUGUGCCUGAAAAGCUUAGGUGGCCAGUUCUUGGCAUUGCAAUACUUGCAGCCGUGGUGGGAAGCCAAGCCAUCAUUACUGGCACUUUUUCUAUAAUCAAGCAAUGCUCCGCUUUAGGUUGUUUCCCGAGGGUCAAAAUAACACACACAUCGUCAAAAUUCCAUGGCCAGAUUUAUAUUCCAGAAAUCAACUGGACUUUGAUGUUCCUAUGUCUCGCCGUCACUAUUGGGUUUCAAGAUACGAAACACAUAAGCAAUGCAUCAGGUUUGGCAGUUAUAACUGUCAUGCUGGUGACGACCUGCCUAAUGUCUCUUGUAAUGGUCCUGUGCUGGCACAAAAGCGUCUUGCUAGCAGUUUUCUUCUUUUGCUUCUUCGGAUCAAUUGAAGCACUCUACUUCUCAGCUUCCCUCAUCAAGUUCCUUGAAGGUGCAUGGGUCCCAGUUGCCCUCUCAUUUAUAUUUCUACUCAUCAUGUACAUCUGGAACUAUGGUACAAUGAAGAAAUACGAGUUUGACGUAGAAAAUAGUGUCCCUAUCAACUGGCUCCUCCAACUGGGCCCUAACCUUGGGAUCACGAGGGUGCGUGGCAUAGGCCUCAUUCACACAGAGCUCGUCUCCGGAAUUCCUGCCAUUUUCUCCCACUUUGUGACCAACCUUCCUGCAUUCCACCAAGUCCUCGUCUUCCUAUGCAUCAAAUCAGUUCCCGUGCCGCAUGUAAGGCCUGAAGAGAGGUACCUCGUAGGUAGGAUCGGGCCCAAAGAGCACCGAGUCUAUAGAUGCAUAGCGAGAUACGGCUACCGUGAUGUCCACCUCGAUGAUAUUGAGUUUGAAAAGGAUCUUCUUUUUAGUAUAGAGCAAUUCAUCCGUUCUGAGGUCUCACGAUCAGAGGAAGUCAAGGAACAUAAAAAACAUCCAACGGAUUUUGAGGACAACGAAAAGAUGACUGUUAUCGGAACCACUUCCACAUACCUAGGAGGUAAGACAAUGAGGGAUAAUGGUGAGAACAUGUCUGGAGCAGCAAGUCCUGGAGAGUUCACAGAGGUAUGCUCGCCUGAAAUUCCGAGAAAGAGAGUGAGGUUUAUUGUGCCUGACAAGAGUCCAGAGAUGGAUGAUCCGAGUAUGCUGGAGGAGUUGAGGGAUUUGAUGGAAGCAAGGGAGUCUGGGAUGGCAUUUGUACUUGGAAGUUGUUAUGUUAAAGCAAAGAGUGGUUCUAGUUUCUUCAAGAGAUUAGUUAUUAACAUAGGUUAUGAUUUCUUGAGGAGAAAUUCUCGUGGGCCCACGUACGCACUGAGCUUCCCUCGAGCAUCCACUUUAGAGGUUGGGAUGAUCUACCUUG